CCGACGCCAAGCCCCUGAUUCCAGGGGCCACAGGGAGGGCUCAGCUUGAGAAGUGCUGCAUGCUCAGUCCAGCCUUGGGCUGUUAUGGAGAUGGCAUCCCCACCAAAGCUUCUGAGUAGAGUCACGAUGUCCUGGCGUGGCUGGGCCCUGUGUGUCUGGCUGAUGCACUCUGUCUCAGGUGCCUCAGAGGUCUUCCAGCCCUCUCUGUUCCAGCCUCAGUCUUCUGUGGUGAGUGGACGAGGCAAUCCACAGAUCUGGUGUGUGGUGCAGGGAAGUCCAGCCAGGGUUCAUGUCCUAUCUUGGUACCGGCAAUCGAAGGGGAGUGGCCCCACCUUCCUGCUGAGUCAGCGAGAAGGGUCUCCCCCGACCUAUGGUUCCGGUGUGAAUCCUCGCUUUCUGGCAGAGAUGGACCCAGCCCAGAAUGCUGCACUCCUGACUGUGGGCAAUGCCAGCCCUGCUGAUGAGGGCACCUACUACUGUGCCAUAUGGUUUUCAGGCCAGUAUAUCUUUGGAGAAGGUACCCAACUGCUUUAUCAAGAUAAGAUGCAAGCCCCGGCUCUCCAGCCACCUAGACUGAACCUGUUCAUCCCAGCCUAUGGCCCUCCCUUCCAUGUACUUUGUGUGGCCCUAGGACAUGACCCUGACCCUCUGAGGGUCUCCUGGGUCCUGGAAGGCCAAUACCAGGAGGAAGAGGACUCCACUGGGGGAGAUGGGGAUCCCAUAGUCAGCUGGCUGCAGCUGCCUCAGGAGGUGGCAGGGAUGUCUGUGACUUGCCGAGGCUUGCACCAGAGUGGAGUCUCAGAAGUUGUGCUGCCGCUGCCCUGGGGCCAGGGGCACAGGAGAAGGCUGGAACUAGACAAUGCAAAUGAGACUGGACACAUUCUUCUAGUGGAGCUGGAGCAGACCCUUAUCGCCACCACCUACUGCUACCUGGGACUGCUGGGCGCAGCUCUCAUCUAUGGCCUCAUCCUGGCUGCUCUCUGGAGGAAUCGCUGCUGUGGGGCCCACCCUAUGGAGCCGCUCCCCAGAGGGGGUCAAGGAGUGGCCCCCCGUUCCAGGGCACAGGUGGGCAGGAGGCGCACUCCUGGCGCGGCCCGGGUCCCGGUCCCAGAGCACACGGGGCUGAGCCCCAGCGGCUUCCACGUUCUCCGAGGGGCUGCCCAUGCCCCGGACCCGCCCUCUUUGCUCCGGCCAGCUUCCUCCUAGUUUGCUGCCUUUUGUUACCUGUUGGAUCCCUCUUUCUCUCCCAGACUGUCCAA